AUGUCUUCAGACAAGGCUGCUGAAAUAAAAGGCAACGAGAUCGAUAAAACCAAACGUCGUCAUAAAACUGACGACACUGUUAUUGCGACAGCGGCAACAAACGGUGUUGAAGAUACAGUGCAAUUCGCGAAGAUGGAGAGUGCGGACGAAAGCGCGGGCAAGCCCACGGAGUUAUGUCUUCAAGGCAACGCUCACUUGAUUUCUAGUACAACGAGUAGUUUGGCCGAUACGCCUGGUGAUUCUGGUGUUUUGUGUUUAGAUAGUGAGGCCUCGGAGGCCACGAGCCAAGCGCUUAUGUCGCACAGUCUCAUAGGAGCCGAGGAAUUAGCUUGUGACAGUGUUUACGAUGCCCCGCCGUCUUGUUCUCAAGACAUGAUCAAGAGUACCACUAGUAGCAUUAUGACUCGCAGUGAUAUCGACAAUCAAAACAUUGGUGUACCUGAUGACAUUGUGCCAGAAUUAAUUGUUGAAACUAAUAAGAAACCAAGUCCGUAUGAAAACCUACCAGAUUUAGUGUUAAAAGCAUUAGAAAGUGAGAAAGGUGCAGAUGAAUCUCGUAAGCCUGCUCUAAGGAAUGAACCUAAGAAGUCUUUGUCUGAAGAUAUUGUUUAUAGACGAAGAUGUCGGAAAAAGUCUCAAAGUGGACCAAGUUCACAGAAGAAAAGGGUUUCAUUCCAUGAGGAUAUAUUGAAUAAUACCAAAACAGAUAACAUUCAUAUUGAAAGAGGUUUCAUAUCUUAUGGACCUGAUAGUUCAUACUGUGACAGGUUUAGGCAGAAGAAUAACAUCGUAACAGACAGGUUCUCAUGGUGUGCUUCAGGGGACAGGACACCAAAGUAUGCGGCUGAUGUUGCUCAACAGACUAUGUCAGACAUUCUCACCUAUGGUGAUUCCAAAAAUGACAGGAGUGGUAUAUUUGAAUACUGUCAGGAUUAUGAACAAGAAAAUCAAGAGAACAAUAACAAUGACAAAGACAACAAUAAUGAACCCAGACCUACUGGGAAACUGUAUGGAUGUGACUCAAACAGCUCAGACUCUAAUUUCAGCUGUGACUCUGAAACUUCAUCCAGUGACUCAUCCUCCUCACAUUCUAAUAAAACUGAAACUUCAAUGCUCCACAGAAAGUGUGACAAAGCGCAGAAGUCCUAUUCUUGUGAUGCAUUUGAAAAUAAUGGGCAUGUUGCAUUCAUGAGGAAAACAUAUUUCUCUGAAGCUGAUAUUGACCAAUCCACUGAUCGCAUGAAAAUGCCUCUAGAAGUUUCACACAGUCCAAAUACAGUCAAAUCUGUAUUGAAGAAGAAACGCUACAUAACUACUAGUAUUGUAGAAGAAAGGAAGUCACAUAAUAAAGUAUUAAAUCUUUUGGAUGCCAACAACAUCAUUGAUUCUUUAAAGAACUUUUACAAGAAUUUCAACUUCAAUUUUGCACCUGAAAAAGGUUUGCCUGAAAAUAGUUUGGAAUUGAAUAAUGUUGUGGAAGCUCUACCAUGUGAUGUUAAUCAUAACAAAAAGCUUUCAAAAAGCCUUGACUCAGGGUUCCAGGCUGAAGAUGAAGAUGAUUUUGUUGAAAUCAAUCUAAAUGGCCAGCCUUUGGAGACUGUGAGACCCAAAGAAAUAGCAACACCAUCAAAAACCUCAGUGGCAGGUGAAAGGACUCCUAAAGAAGGUUCUCCAAGACAUAAACUCACACUCAACAUGAAGGCUCAACUUGAUAAGAAACCCAACAAAGCUGAUCUCCCACCACUUAGCAAAUAUGUUGUCAACUGUGAGAGCACAGUAUAUGAACACAAGGGAGUCUCAUACAGCUAUGUCCAUGAUACAUUCCAAACUGCUUUUGAUGCUCCUAAAGAGACUUUUGUCCCUAUACCUGAAACCACUCCUGUGACAGAAUUAGUCACGAGCACAAGUAAGAUAGACCUGACUAAAUCCACUGAUACUGACUCUUCCAGUAAGACAUCAACACCCAAGAGACAAUUCAACAAAAAUAUCCAAGACGAGACUGAACAAAAGAGUGGCAUUUCCAAGCAUUUGUCUUCACCAAAGAAACAGAAUGUAAACAGGUACAGUCGUAAAUCGGCGUCAACAGUACAGAAAUUGAACGACGAGCCAGCUCAAGUGAAUAGCGACAACUGUUCAAACACCGACAAUUCAACCUUGAAGGGAGCCGAGGACUUUAAUGACGACUUUUUCGACAGUCCCGGCAAUCAAAAGCUGCAAUCCAACAAGUCGGCGUUAUUGAACCGAUACCUGAAGAAUGUGUGUCAAAGGAAAGACCUUGAACUUAAAAUAAAGAACAAUAAAUUCUUUCAAUUCAAACUUCGAAUGGAGAAACAUUUCCCGAGCAUAAUAUUUCCUUUGAAAGAGGUGUCUGAUACAUUCCACGUGUCUGCUGAACGUAUGUCGAGGCUCAUAGACAAAGAAGUGAUAGAGAACAAAAGGUUGUCAGUGAGGCUGUUGACAGCGGACGAGCCGUCCUACUUUGAUAGUUUCGAAGAUAAUGUCGCCAUAGAAUGUAAUGAAAAGCUCAGGCUGCAAAUAUUCUCCUAUCCAAAUGAAACUUUAAAUAGGAUGAUGAAAGUGAAGUCCCCAUAUAACAUGGAUGAUGGAUCUUGGACUCCUCUGCUGGUUUUCAUCACUGACUAUGCUCUGUACGUGGCUAGCGUGAAGCCUGGAGGUACCGAAUACGAAAUGCUGUGCCGGCUACCUCACAAUGAGCUGGAUGCUAUUGUGGUCGGUCCGGAAGCGCAGUACAUCCAGAUCCUUGACAUCGCGGGCAACAUAGCAUGUUCUAUCGUUACUGGGGAGGCUACGUUAGGGGCUCGGUUCGCAUCGUCAUUGGAAUGGAGUGCCAGGACUUCACCGCUUAGGAUCCAGCGACCACCUGCCAUGAUACCGCUGGGAUGUCGGGAGUUGGCGGCCGCGGUCGCUAGGAAGAGGCAUGAGAGACGGAUACCACAAAUCCUAUUCUACGGUCGUGUAUGUUCUGGCGACGCGGGCGACCGACUCAUUGAAGCGCCGGGAGCGUUCGCACCUCCUCUAGAGGGAUACCUCAUGUGUAGGACUGACAGGAGUAGGCGAUUUGAGCCUUGUUACUUCUUGUUAAGAGCCGGAGUCCUACACUGGGGUCCUCACUCACCCGACGGUACCUCCCCCCUCCCCAACAACAUCGCACUUCGGUCAGUACUUGGAGUCCGAAGACACCUGGACUCCUCACGCCGGCCGCAUUGCUUCGAGAUCGCUCUAGCAGACAAUAGCAGGCUCUUGUUAGCAGCUCCUGAUGAUGCUACUGCGUCUUCUUGGCUGCAGAGCUUAUUGUUACAUGCUGCUCAGGCUCUCGAAGAAAAGGACGGUGCGAAGAAGUCCAGCGACCGGCCUGGUCCUCCACCAGCCUGCACAGUCCUGGUGACUCCGACCGAAGUCAUCAGUGUACGCGACACGUUGGACCUCGCCUUCGUAUCGGGGGCCGCUGCGUAUCUCAAGGACAGAGGCUCCGAUGCUUUGCUCAAAGAAUAUAUAGAGGAGAUGCGAACAGACAUCGAGAUCCUAGCGUGCGGCUCCAUCAAGAACUUGACCGCCUUCAAGAUACCUGACACCGAUGAGAACUGGUGUUGUUUGGAGUGGAGUGUAUGCGAAGCUCGCGAGCGUGGCGCGGGGCUGGCGCUGGUAAUGGCCAGUGGAGCCGAGCUGGAGAGGUUCAUCGCUGCCGUGGAACAGGCCUUCUGUGCGCUCACUUGCGAGCCAUUCCCGCUAAGCGUAGUGGAGGCGGCAAAAUCCGCUUGCAGUUCCGCGCACACGAAGUACGAAGCUGCCUGGUCGCAUAUGUUACCGCAACAGUAA